AUGGGGUCUGCGAUUGCCGUGCUCAUCCAGAUCAAAUUACGGCCUUUCGCAAGUGGAUGCAAAAUACGCGUAUUCAACGCCCUGGAUCCUACUGCAAGUACCUGCGUUUCCAUGAACAUGAAAAGAAGUGAAGUUUGGGAGCAGCCAGCAACCAUACCUCAGUGUACAUCGCUUGUUGUGACGAUGGGACCUUGGCAGUUCACGGUCAAAGGCGAAAAGGACGAAGUUACUGGAGAAACCAAGCCCGUUUCUAUAUAUGAACUGGUCUGUGUUGUCCAUAUCGAGCCGCACAAAGCUAUGGAAAUCUUUGAUCUCAACAUGAGCAAGCUCCCCACGCCUACAAUCGCUCUUAUUGACGAAUACCAUGAAAUGCUACGCCAGACCAAUAUUAAUUGGAAGCAUAGAACAGGGUGCUUCUCUGAUGUCGGCUGUAGGAAAUACCAGAGGAUCGACUUCCUCCCUCGCUACAGCGCCGGAGGCCCCGGCGAAUAUUUGACUCUCAAAUUUCCCUAUCCAUCUCCCACUUACUUCAGCGCCCUUCUAUGUUGA